UAUGAGAUAAUAAGAUUGAAUUUAGGAACAUGGAAAUGAACGAGGCUGCAGACCUGGAAGUUAAUUUGUAUUUUGUAGUACUUGGAAUACUGACAUUACUUGCGACAGUAUUAUCUGUGAUUUGCUGCCGAAAGAGAAAACGUCACAGAAAUGAGCCAAAUGAUAUUCCCAUUUCAGUUAUAGUGGACAGUGAUAAGAAGCAAAAAGAACAAGAACAUCUACUGACAGAAGAUACUGAUGGACACAUUGGAUUAAGAAAUCAGGGGGCCACAUGCUAUCUGAACUCAGUGCUGCAGACACUUUUCAUGACAGAAGAUUUCAGAAAUGCUGUGGAAAGGUUGUUCAAACCAAUUGAUGUUCACAUUGCACAAUUAUUUAUUGAUUUAAAAUCUCCAAAGGGAAGAGUUGCCACCACUGAGAGAAUCACAUCUGAACUAAAAAUUAAUGUUCAUGAGCAGCAGGAUGCAGCAGAAUAUUUCCAGAAUAUAAUGAACAUGGUGAAGCCAGAGAUGUCUAAGGUAUACCAGGGAGAGUUGGAGCACAGAACCAUGUGUAAAAAUCCAGGAAAGGAGCACCCACUUGUAACACGUCAUGAAUCCUUUUACAUUAUUCCCAUCUGUAUGGAAACGUAUGACAUGGACUCUCCCAUAAACAUGCAAAGCUAUUUUGAUUCAUAUUUUGAGCCAAUCAAGACAUGUGAAGAUGACCGAGUGAAAUGUCCAACUUGCAAAGAGCUGGUGAACACGGAAAUAACAUGUAAUAUACAUAAACUUCCUCCAGUUCUGGUUGUGCAGCUGGAGAGAUUUCAACUGGAUUAUUACAAUAAUUACAAGAAGAACACAUCUGAAGUGGAAAUUCAGUUCCAGUUAUCAGUUAAAGAUGACAGUGGAGUUCAACACAAGUAUGAUUUGUAUGCUGUAGUGAAACAUACGGGAUCCUUUCACAGUGGACAUUACUAUGCAGUCAUCAAGUCAUUUGAGGAUCAUCAGUGGUAUGUGUUCAAUGACAGCUCCGUGCCCAAGAUAACGGUUUUAAAAAAACCCUUCCAGUGUAGGGAGGCCUUCCUUCUUCUGUACAAAAAACAUUCAAACGAGUCAGGUGCGAAUUCCCAACAAAUUUGAUAAUCUAGAUGGUCCUCAACGCCAACUGAAUCAUUCUGAAUCUUUAAUACAAACUGUGUCAAAAGUUGACAGUGGCAGUCGAUAAAGAAAUGAGAUUCAAAUAUGGACCUCUAAAUCUGACCCUGAUCCUCAACCUGCAGAAAAUGUUCCUCGUGAUCCAGAGAAUCGAUCAGAAAACAAGACUAAUGAGCCGGACUCAACAGCAAACACCCAACAAUCACCAAUUAAUGAAUCUAGACCUGUAACGUAACAACCUGUGACAGAAGAGAAUAUAAAGAAAAAACCCAGUGACAAUCAAUCAAGAGGCGAGACUCAAACAGAUACAUCUGGAUCUAACCUUGCUCCUCAACCUACAGAAAAUGCUCCUUGUGAUCCAGAGAAUGGAUCAGAAGACAAGAAUAAUGAGCCUGACUCAACAGCAAACACCUAGCCACCAUUUGAUGAAUCUAGACCUGUAACACAACCUGUCCCAGAACAGAAUAUAAAGAAAAAACCCAAUGACAAUGACAAUCAAUUCACAUUUAUUUGUAU